CAUUCCCGCAACCCGAUUCCUCUGACUGGCUCAACCUGUUUCACCCCGUCUCGGAAUCUCAACAGUAGCGUUAUUCAAUAAGGAGGCGUGUCGCCCAGUCGGUGGAGUAAGCGACCGGGAGCCACGUGUGGCGGAUGUAUAUCUGGUUCCAUUGUGUGGGGUUGAGACCAUGUGUUGACACACACAAGUCCCCACGACACACCGGGACACACUGCCCGGGCAAACACCCCCAGACGCCUAAUUAAAUAAACACAGACUCACUUACCUCUCGGGGGGGAUGAGUCCCUCGUGGGGAGGAGGCAUCAAAGAUGUGGCUAAGUAAUAGUGCUCUUGUCGGAAGAAGAAAAUAUGCCAUAUGGUGUUUAAUAAUAUAUCAAAGUUUUGGCGCUGAUGGCCUACACCGCUGUGAACGCCGUCGGUCCAGCCAGAAAGCCCUGGAACCAAUCCCCCAACAUCUCUGUGUGCGAUGAUACCAGAUAGCAGAAUCCCUGUAAUAAUGUUCCCUUCGGAGAAUAUAAAUGUCAACUGAAGCAGCAAAUCUUCAACGUAAAAAACGUCUUCUGGCGCGGCUAGCGUUCCAGCGUUGAAACUUGUAACGGGGACUUUUUACGUCUAUCAAUACGACCCUUGAACUGUGGACGCAUUUCUGGAUUACUUCAGUGAGCGUUGUGGAAGUUGUAGCGCAUACAUUGCGGUUAAUGAUCUCGAUGCGAGGACAACCAUUUGAAGAAGAUUUAUAAAGCGUCUUGAUUCAGAAACCUUCAUAUAUCUCAGCUGUGGAAUUUUACCAAGAGAUCGUCGAACAAGCGUGCUGUCUGGCCCCUGGAUACAUUCAGAGUAAUUCAAUGGGGUGUUACACACUUACGGACCAUCAGCGUCAUCCUCUGUGUUCAAGAAGUGGUGGUCAUCUUUUUAUUUUGUGAACAAUCUCAUCAGUCUUUUGUUUUGUUUUCACGUAAUAAUGGCGUCACUACGUGACGUCUUUCAUGUGCUGACAUCAGUAUUAUUGUUGGUAUUACUGACGGUAGAGGGCGCCACAACCCGGAAGAGGAAUAAAGCCUCCGACGAUGUUUGGCUGUCGGAUUUGAUAGACUAUGACUACCUGGGUGAUGCCCCGGAUGCAGGAAGUGACUUUUGCCCUCCAGUUCCAUCAGUGCUACCUUCCGGUUCCUGUACCCAGACUCCCUGCAACUCAGACCGCACAUGCGCAGACAUAAACGGGAAGUGUUGCUACAAUGGGUGCAUCUACACAUGUCUUUAUCAAGUUGGUAUUCCAGGAUAUUUUGAUUGGUCAAAAGAGCCACGUCGACGUCUAAGUUCGGGUCGCUCCUGGCUUGUGGAUAGUCCGGAUACCGUCAGUGAAGCUGAGCCGUGCAGUACAACUCCAGUCGAGGCUGACGAGGACCCUCUGUUGUGUCCCCAUGGUUACGUGUGCAGCAUUGAAGAGCAGGGAGAUUCCAGAAAGGGAAUUCCCAACAGGGGGCGCUGUGUCAUAAAGAAUAACGAAAACGAGGACAACGCAGAGGACAUGUCAACAGCUCGGCCGCCAGUCCUCCCGGAGAAGAUCCAGCGCCAGAUGCGGAAGGAGAGAGUGUGUGAGGAAGAGAACGGAUUCCUCAUCCUAGAGGGCGCUACUGUGCAGAGAAAGGGGAGACGAUGCAAAUGCAGAAGAGGCAAGUUGGUGUGUCAGAGGAGGAGAUCGCUUCAGUCAACAAGGAAACCAAAAAACAGAAAGAGGGAGGAAGCUUGAAGUUUCUGGAACGUGGAAUAUACACAAGUUGAAGUCAACCAUCAUAUUCUUCUCCCAAGAUAUCGGUGCGGACUCUGUGUGUUCGACCAACUGGAGCGAACAUGACACAUUCAUUCAUCCUUUGUGGACAAUGGGAAAAAGUGUGAAACCAAAUAUCCAAAUGAUCAUACAAUAUAUGUGUAAUCCACAGACUGAAUGGAUAUACGUUUCUGAUGCUACCCGAUUAACUUGGUGUAUAUAUCUAAGCAAAUGUGCUUUGAAGGUAACAUCAUCGAAGACGCUUCGCCACUUUUAUAUAUCGAAAAAUAUAAUUAUUCACUUGUAUACCUCUGUUGUAUAUGUUGUUAUAUAUUGUAUUCGUGCUUGAAGGUCGUUAUAACGAGAACUAUGUGCAUACUUUAUGUUGAACUCAUACUUACCACUGGAUGAAACAUUACACGCCUUUUGGGGGAGACUAGUGGGGUAAGCCUUCCUUUGUCACACGGAAGACCCGGGUUCGAUCCCCC